AUGGCGUUCCAGGCUAGGUGGCGAGAGCUGGAGAAGACCGGCCGGCACUCCAGAAAGCCGACCGGCUUAUCUGAUGACUUUACGUAUUUGAAGCCCGGGAAGACGAAGAAGAACACGCGUGGCGAGGACUACUUCGUGGGCGAAGAAGAGCUCAUGAAGUAUUUGGACAAGCUUGACAUCGGUACGCUUAUAAGCCGCAAAUUGUGCGUUAUUCUUUUAUCUUAA